AUGACUGACUACAAGGUUGCUGAUAUUGGGGAAGCCGAAUUCGGUCGCAAGGAGAUCGAUCUGGCUGAAGUAGAGAUGCCUGGCUUGAUGGCGAGCCGCAAGGAGUUUGGCCCAAGGAAGCCGUUGGCUGGUGCUAACAUCACUGGUUCUCUUCAUAUGACCGUCCAGACGGCCGUUCUCAUCGAGACUUUAAAGGAGCUUGGUGCCAAUAUCCGUUGGUGUAGCUGCAACAUCUAUUCGACACAAGAUCAUGCCGCGGCUGCUAUUGCCAAGGCUGGCUCUGCCAAUGUGUACGCUUGGAAGGGGGAGACUCUUGAAGAGUAUUGGUGGUGUACUGAACAGGCUCUGACGUGGCCUAAUGCUGAUGGUCCCGAUCUCAUUGUGGAUGAUGGUGGUGAUGCUACUCUGUUGAUCCACGAGGGUGUGAAGGCUGAGAAGGC